UUGAUUUCACACAUGUAGCUAAAAUACAAACCUUUGUUUGAAACCAGACAUCUCAACCUGUAGAAAUAAAUACUACAUCAAGGAAAACCCAAAAUUCUGCUUCAUCAAGCAAUCCUGUUUCUCAAACAGCUACAUCAGGGACAACACAAAAUUCUGCUGCAUCAAGCAAUCCUGUUUCUCAAACAGCUACAUCAGGGACCAUGCAGACAGAGAUAUUGCUCAGCUUAACUUCUGACACUCUGAGUGGACCUGCAAGCACAGAGAAUGCAGCAAAUAUCAUGGAUAAUAUUGGUCAUCGGUUGGGACUGAUGAGAAAUGCAAAUACAACCAGCAUCAAGAUUGGUCAAAUUAAUGGAGUGAUUGCUAAACUGCUACAAGAAAAUCAGAGGAACAACAUCUUUGCCUUCACAUCAAAUAUGGAUGUAGAGAUUCUAACAGAGAGCAACAAUUUGAAGAAAGACUACGCUCUAACAGUUCACCUUCCUAAAGAAGCCAGGGAAAUGGCUGUAAAAAGAAACGCCUCAUAUGUUGGAAUUCUGCUUUUUCCAGGAAUCCCUCAGAUUAACACAACUAGUUCCCUGUUUAACAAUCAAAUUGUGGGGAUUGAAAUGGGAGUCAACAUAUCCAACCUCUCAGAAACCAUCGACAUUACCUUCAAUAACGUGAAUAGGGCUGGAUUCAAUGUUUCUUGCGUAUCAUGGGAUGGUAAAAGUAAGCACGAUGGCGCAGACAACUGGAUCACAGAUGGCUGCAAAACAAAAGAGGCUGAUGACAGCAUCAUAUGCCAAUGCUCUCACCUUACUUUUUUUGCUAUUCUCAUGACAUCAUCAUCAUCAGGAACUAAAAUUAGCUCCUCUGACUUGAAAACCCUGACCCAAAUCACAAAGGCCGGCUGUGGCAUGUCCUUGUUCUUCUUGGGUGUGGCUCUCUUCAUGCAUUUUCUCAUGAGGAAAACUAAAGCCAGCCAAGCUGUAAAGAUCCUGAUGAAUCUCUUCAUCGCCCUGUUCAUCCUGAACCUUUGCUUCUUGAUAAAUGAGUCAAUCGCUGACCUGAAGAUCUUUGCAGCAUGUGUGGCGAUAGCAGCAGCUCUGCACUACAGCAUGCUGGCCACAUUCACAUGGUUCUUCAUGCAGGCUUUACACCUGUACCUUAAUCUGUACAAAAUCCGCACAGAUAUCAAAUAUUAUUUGUGCAAGAUUUGCAUCACCGGAUGGGUCAUUCCAGCUGUGGUGGUAGUUGGACUUCUUGCCUCCAAUAAAUAUGGUGACGUGGAAAUUUCUGACAAUAAUGGGACUUCAGUAAUCAUGUGUUGGAUCCCUGAUUAUUCAUGGCACUUAGGCGUGAACACUGGUUACUAUGGCAUUGUGUUCAUCUUCACUUUAACCAUAUUCAUUGUGACUGUAGUGCAGAUCACUAAUUUUGCAUCUGAAACAAAGAAUAACAAAAUCUCCACCAAGAAAAGGGUUUUCUCUCUCCUGGGGCUUUUCAGUCUUUUGGGCAUCACCUGGGGAUUUGCUUUUUUUAGCUACGGCCCUCUGCUCAUUCCCUCCUACUACAUCUUCACCAUCCUUAACUCCUUUCAAGGAUUCUUCCUGUUCAUUUACUACUACUUCUCCAGCAGGAUCAAUCCAGAGGACAAAAAUCAACUCGAGAGAAGCAGCCAUACCACGGAGAAUGUGUAUAUCACAAAUCCUUAUAUAUAUGGUUCCUAAUUCCUCCAUUUUAGUUUCUCUCUGCAAUUUGGACAUGUGGACUUGAAAUGUGAAAUAUGGCUAAACUAAAAAUCAGUACCAGAAAUUCUUCAAUUUAAAGCUAUAUGCUUCCAGCCUUGCUAACUCAGUUUGCUGCCUCAUUUUUCCAAAGCAAAAGCCUUGUCCAAAUCUGCUUGCUGUAGCAAAUUCUCCAAUGCCAACUCAUUUUUCUUCUCCAGCUACAUUUUUAGCAUCUUCUUUUGUUGUUCAAAAUCCAAAAGAUUAGGGUUUACAAUCUGAUAACCCAAAUCAUCUCGUUUUGAAGGCAAUGUCAAAACAGCCAUUUCAAUUAAAUUCUAGUUUAAAUUGCUUUCACCUUUUCUUUCAACCGUUUAUGACAACACAUAUUUUAUAGUGCUCAGCAAUCUUUACUAAUUGCUCUCUCGAACUCUGCUCCAGAAAUACCACUGAUGGAGAUUUAUUAAAAUCUUCAACAGACAUGGCUAAUUACUAAAUUAUCGAUAAUCUGCGCAACUCAAAACAACCAACCUGAAAUUCCCCUCUGACUGCCUUCCACAAAACUAACUAGCUCAACCCUCGUCUUCAGAGAACAGGGAUGGUGGGUACUUACGGACUAAAUACCAAUAGAGUGGCAAAAGAGACCAGAGAACUAGCAACCCUACCAACACUAUGGCUGUGCCUCCAAGACAACUGCUCUAUAUGAUCUCACUCUACUAAUUUUGAGCACAUAUUGCCCCAGUUUCUUUAUUCGGGAGGGAUCAGUUCUCUGAAUAAUGCAAAAGGAGAAAGAAAGUUAAGAUUAACAAUAUUUAUCCCAUAAUAGGCCAAAAUAAUAGCAACAAAAUUAGUACACAAUGUGAACAAUACAGAUAAUCAUUUUACCCUCAGCUAAGCCGUCUUUAGGAGAACUGGCAGAAUGUGGCCCAGAACAUCAGAUUUCUUCUGUUUUUUCCCUCUCAAGCUUCAUUCACUCAGAAUGUUUCCCUGUGUGUGUGUCAGCUUUAUCUAUGUGUAACCGGACUGUAGCUUACUAUCUGGUUUUAACUGGUUUCAUCAAAGGAUAUAGACUGCAGCAAUGUGCAUGCAAAGCAAAAAUGGAAACUCCAAAUGCCAAAUAAGACAAUAGCAAUUAUUCCUACUUCCUAAAGAAAUACGGAGUGUACAAUCAUGUCUCGUUUCAAACAUGGAAAAGCAGCGUUCAGUUCCUACGCUCCACUUAUCUGUAACAAACUUCCAGAAAACUGUGCUGAAAGCCUGAGUUCUUAUAA